GGGGGGGGGGAUCCUUGGAACAUCGACUUCCACUGCCGCCGAAGCAGACGCAUCUGACCAACGGGUGAAUGGGCGAAUUCCUCCCGGUGCGAGUUUCGGUAUGUAUCAUAUGUAUCGUAUGUACCAUACGUACGGCACAUCCAAAAUCCAAACCAACGAGAAACGAAUGGCCCACAACCACCGCAAUUCCGCAUUGCAUUUAUUGCAUUGCAUUUAUUGCGCUGCAUUCCUUAACAAACACCCAGUCAAGGACCAAGGCAAGCAUGACCAAAGAAGGCAUCCCCCGCGACGGCGACGGCGACGACGACGACAACCAAGCCGCCGGUGUUCUCGGCGUUCUCGAUGGCCUCAGCGACGACGACGACGAGGCUUCCGACGACGGGUUCGAACCGGCCCCCACCCUCUUCGUCCUGAAGGGAGUCGACACGAGCCUGGACGAGAUCGUCCUGGAGGACUGCCUCACGCGGGUCCUCUCGGGCGGCUACGACAUGGGCAGCGACGAAACCGGGGACGCGGACGAGGACGCGGAGAACUUUCUUCCCUCCUUUGUGGUCACCCUCCUGGAAACCGACCACGGGGGAAUCGCCGGCGCCGUCCUCUUUUGCGUGGACCGGGCCCUCGUGCUCCACGGCGAACGCCACAACGACGACGACGACGCGGAAGGCGUCCUGGCGCGCAUCCGGGAGUACGCGGCGUCGGGGGAGGCGGGGAAGACCGACCCUUUGUGGCUCGUCGGGGAAUCCCCUUCCAUCGAGGUCCUGGGCGAGGAGGAAACGGCGCGGAGGAUGGCCGGGGAGGAGGCCGGGGCGGAAGAACCGGCGGAGUGAGCGAGCGAGCGCACGGAAAUGCAGCGCGUUUCGCCCCGGACCGUCGUGGCUCUAGCCUCCAUUGACCGGUGGCUAGGAGAGAAAACAACGACGACGGGAUCUCGAAAGACGAAAACUUCUUGGAACCGGUUUCGCAAGGCGUGCGGUCGCCAAUGGAUUCCGACGAUCGAUCGAGCAGCAAAUCAAGUAGACAACAACAAAAACUAUAGACAGAACUUGUUUGGAGACAUGCUACCAGGCACAAUUGGCAAUACCGUAACCAUCAACCAUCACUGAUUUCUUAAGGGUCAGCAGCGUGACAAAGUUUGAGGGUGUACGUACGUAUAUAGCUUCUAAAUUUGUUUUUCACGUACCAAAGACACGCUUUGAAGUUUAGAACUUCAUGUAGAACGUCUACUAGGUUCUACUGAGCUAGUUUUUGGAUGGCAUUCACGAUUGAAAGGCUGGAUUCAUGAUUGAAUCACCUCAAACCAUUUUGUUUUGUUUUGAGGGGAAUCAAUCCGGCUUGCGGCUCCUGCAGCACACACGGAUGCUGUAUCCAGCUCUGCUAUGGCAACUGCUGCCGUUGUUGUUGCCGCUGCUGCCCUGAGCAGGACAACCAUUUGUCAAAACUUGGACAAGCUUGGAGAGACAAAAUUUUUACUAUAUAUUCUAAUCAAUUCAUGUUCAGGAGCUAGAUCAGUACAUUGGCUAUGCUGCCCCGUCUGCCUGUUGAGGUGUAAAAGACAACAAAAGAAUAAACAAAAAAUGCUGUCCGGCCGCCCCUCGUGGCGUGAACGUGGCGUGAAACAAAACAAAAGAAACAACGAACAACCCUUGUUGCAUGUUUACAUGACAAAAGUAAGCUCCUCCUGCCAGUUGAAAUAAAUAAUUAUUUAGUUG